GCCGAGACGUCAUUUCCGGCUGAAGCCCCACUGCGCCGCGCGGUCUCUCGCUGUCUCCGGGACAACGGGCAGCGGGCGGGAUAAGCCGUCAUCCUUACCUUGGAGGACUUACACAGUUCCCGCUGCAUCAAAAAAUCCCAGAGUAUUAUAAAGGACAUUUCCCACCCCGGACACUCCCUGUUUGAACUGUUGCCGUCAGGCAGACGGUACAGAUCUACAAGGACAAGGACGAACAGACUAAAAAACAGUUUUUACCCCACUGCUAUAAAAGCACUAAAUGUAGCCGCCAAGGAACGCAGGGGCGAUACAUACUAAGGGACUGUGGUACACUGUGAAAUCGGCAGAAGGAUGGAGGGAUUUAGGAGCUGUCGAUGGAGAUGUAAGCGGCCAUUGAGGUGCCGGUGAGCCCCCCAUCUGCCCGGUGUGCGGGCUGAGCUUCGAGGGGCUGAGCUUCGCUGGAGUACCACAUGGCGGGGCACAACAAGAAGAAGCGUUAUGAGUGUGACGUGUGUGGCAUGGCCUGCCCGUGCCCGAGCAAGCUGGAGACCCACCAGCGGAUGCACACGGGAGAACGCCCCUUCGACUGCUCAGAGUGUGAAAAGAGUUUCAAGACGGCCAAUGUCCUGGCGGGCCACCGGCGGGUUCACACGGGCGAGAAGCCCUAUGACUGCUCCACCUGCGGCAAGAGCUUUACCGGGUUGUCGGGGCUGUGCCAGCACCGGCAGGUGCACAGCAGUGAGCGGCCCUUCACCUGCUCCGACUGCGGCAAAGGCUUCAAGUCGUCCAAGGACCUGAAGGAGCACAGGCGCCUGCACACCGGGGAGCGGCCCUACACCUGCAGCGAGUGCGGCAAGGGCUUCACCCACUCCAGCAACCUGCUGGUGCACCAGCGCACCCACACCGGCGAGCGCCCCUACACCUGUGUCCACUGCGGCAAGGGCUUUGCCCACUCCGGCCACAUGCUGGAACACCAGCGCACCCACACCGGCGAGCGUCCCCCUACACCUGCGCCCUGA